GUCGAAAUCGGUGUCUCUCAGAUCUAGUCGACAGAUCACCGUCUGAUUCGCUCAAUAGCGUGCGGUUCGCGAAUAAUCGAAUAUCCUCCCCACCAAGUUUUUCCGUAUAUCUCUCGACACAACCAUCACUCACUCUUCGCCAACCUUACUCUUUCUGAAAACACUCAACUAAUGGCGACUUUCAAGGUUAAGCGUGUCGAAUCUUCGCCAAUUGAAGGCCAAAAGCCUGGCACUUCUGGACUCAGGAAGAAGGUAAAAGUUUUCACACAACCGCAUUACUUGCAUAAUUUUGUUCAAUCAACAUUCAACGCCCUUUCUGCAGAAAAAAUUAAAGGUUCUACACUUGUUGUAUCAGGUGAUGGACGAUACUACUCAAAGGAUGCUAUCCAGAUAAUAAUUAAAAUGGCAGCUGCAAAUGGUGCAAGACGUAUCUGGGUUGGUCAAAAUGGUCUUUUGUCAACACCUGCUGUAUCAGCAGUUGUACGUGAAAGAGUUGGUGCUGAUGGUUCUAAAGCAAAUGGAGCAUUUAUUUUGACAGCCAGUCACAACCCAGGUGGCCCCAAUGAGGAUUUUGGAAUUAAAUACAAUAUGGAAAAUGGUGGGCCAGCACCUGAAGGAGUUACUGAUAAAAUCUUUGAGAACACUAAAACAAUAAAGGAGUAUUUUAUUGCUGAAGGCUUACCUGAUGUUGAUAUCUCUGCAAUUGGCGUUUCCUCCUUUUCAGGCCCUGAUGGCCAAUUCGAUGUUGAUGUUUUUGAUGCAGCAAGUGACUACGUGAAAUUGAUGAAGUCAAUCUUUGACUUCCAGGCAAUCCAAAAGUUGAUUGCAUGCCCACAAUUCUCUUUUUGUUAUGAUGCGCUUCAUGGAGUUGCUGGAGCUUAUGCUAGUCGUAUAUUUGUUGAAGAGCUUGGUGCAAAAGAGAGCUCAUUGUUAAACUGUGUCCCUAAGGAAGAUUUUGGUGGUGGACAUCCUGACCCCAAUCUAACAUACGCGAAAGAGUUGGUAGCACGAAUGGGAUUGGGCAAAACACCUGAUAGCAACCCUCCUGAAUUUGGUGCAGCUGCAGAUGGUGAUGCUGAUAGAAACAUGGUCCUUGGUAAAAGGUUUUUCGUUACCCCUUCCGAUUCUGUUGCCAUCAUUGCUGCCAAUGCAGUCCAAUCCAUUCCCUACUUUUCUUCUGGUUUAAAGGGCGUUGCCAGGAGCAUGCCAACAUCUGCUGCUCUUGAUGUUGUAGCAAAAAGUCUCAACUUAAAGUUUUUUGAAGUCCCAACCGGAUGGAAAUUCUUUGGUAACUUGAUGGAUGCUGGACUAUGUUCUGUUUGUGGUGAAGAAAGUUUUGGAACUGGAUCAGACCAUAUACGUGAAAAGGACGGAAUCUGGGCUGUUUUAGCUUGGAUGUCUAUUCUUGCUUAUAAAAACAAAGACAAUCUCACUAGUGGAAAGCUUGUCACUGUUGAAGACAUCGUGAAGCAACACUGGGCCAAAUUCGGACGCCAUUAUUACACACGAUACGAUUACGAGAAUGUGGAUGCAGGUGCUGCGAAAGAACUAAUGGCCCACUUGGUCAAAUUACAGUCUUCUCUUGGUGAAGUCAACAAAUUGAUAAAGGGAGUACGAUCUGAUGUGGCGAAUGUUGCAAGUGCUGACGAAUUCGAAUACAAAGAUCCUGUUGAUGGUUCGGUUUCUAAGAAUCAAGGAAUUCGUUAUUUGUUUGAAGACGGGUCACGUUUGGUUUUCCGUUUAUCUGGAACAGGAUCUGAAGGUGCGACAAUUCGUCUGUACAUCGAACAAUACGAAAAGGAUUCAUCAAAGACUGGAAGAGAUUCACAGGAAGCACUUUCUCCUUUGGUGGAGGUUGCAUUGAAGCUGUCAAAAAUGCAAGAAUUCACAGGACGUGAUGCCCCUACUGUGAUUACAUAAAUAUAUAUAUUCAUACACACAUCACAUGACAUGAAUGACAAGGUUCGUGUCCACAGCACAACACAACCCAACCUAUAUAUGUAUUUUUCGUCUUCUUUCUUAUAGUAAUAAAGUUAGGGUUUCAGUGGUAUGUUAUGGGCUUGUUUUGUUUUUCUAGUUUUACAAGUCAGAGGUAUGGGUGUUGUGUUGUUGAGUGCUUUAAUGAUUUACAGUGUAUUGUUUUGUUUUGUUGUGGUUAAUAAUCGUGUUGUAUGCUGAGAACCUUUCUUUCUUUA